GUCUAAGUGCAUCUAAGUCGUCUAAAAGAGAAAGAGAGAGAGAGAAAAGGAAACACAGGGAUUAACCAAAAUGCAGCAUCUGGUUUGCUACCCUGCACUGGGCAAGGUGCCCGCUCGAAUCACUCCCUCUUCUUGGAGAAACGCAACAUUUAGGGCCACUGUUGCGAUCGCUUAGCGUAUAUUGUUAGAUUUUUCUUUUUCAAUAUUUAACGGUCCUCGUGAAACCGGAACAAUUGAAUCUUACGCAAUGAACGUAAUCUUCGUUGUUUCUUUUUUUGUUUUGUUUUUUGAGCGCUCGAUGAAUGGGCGCGAAGAAGUUUUCCUGUUGCCAGAUAUUAUUGGUUUUUUUUUUUUUCGCACGAGGCACAAGACAACCCGAGGCCCUUCCCUCGCUCUCGGCGCAGUCACCGCGUAACCUCGGACGUACUUACUCGCUCUUCCUGUUCUUGGCAGCGUGUAAUAAAUAGGUAAUAUAUAUAAAAUAUUUCCAGCGUCGCUGGCCGUGCACCCUGUCCGUGAUAGGAACAGGACACGACCGUUUGGCAGCUCGAGGCGGAUACGCGCUCAAACGUCACAGCGGGCGAACAUCCUUAUUUGCUCUUGGAGCGCUGCUCGAGAACCCUUGACGGCGUCGAGGAGAAAACACAGCUGGACUUAUCGGCGACACCUUCGGGGAGAAGAGAUGUAGGCGAUCCGCACCGUGGGAACAGACUCGGGGUGCGAGAGCCGUCCUGAUCGGAGGCCUCGCGUCGAGGCGUGACGUCAGCGUGCGCCGAGGAUCUAGUCGUGCGGGAAGCGUGCACGCUAGCGCAUGCUGGACGUUUCGGACGUGGUGGGCCAGCUGGGCUGGUACCACCUGGCCGUGGGCGCGAUCACCGUGUUACGGGCCUUCCCAACGUCGUGGACGCUGCUCAUCGCUCCUUUCAUCGUGCCCGAUGUGGAUCACUGGUGCUCCAAGCCCGCCUGGCUGGCCGCCAACUGGACGGACGAGCAGUGGAAGGAGAUCGCCAUACCCACGCAAGGUACGGCAGUGGGCGCAAACACCAGUGCUGAGGGCGUUCCACGAGCGGCAACGUUUGAGCACUGUCGUUAUCGAGCUGUCUUCAAAAAUGGCACUGUAGACCCUGAGACACUGCUAAUAUGCAACACGUGGACCUACAACGAAACGGUGCCGGGAUCAUCCGCAGUACCCGAGUGGGACCUUGUUUGCUCCCACGACUGGCAGCGAUCUUUGAUGCAGAGUGUUGUGUUCGCUGGAUCCUUGGUAGGAGCUCUUCUCCUGGGCCAUCUCUCGGACAGGUACGGUCGGCGCCUCGUUUUCUUUGCUUCCAGCUUCGGCUUCAUUCUGUUUGCAUCUGUGUCCUCGGCAUCCCCUUCAGCAACCUGCUACAACAGUUUGCGCUUCAUCACCGCCAUCUGUGUCGCCGGAAUUCAGACGACCGCUGCAUCACUAUUCACGGAAAUCGUUGAGCCGCGUCACCGCACUCUGCUCAAUGUGGGCUUCUCGCUGGGAUUCACUCUGCCGACACUACUUCUACCGGGAGUGGCGUACCUUGUGGGCAGCUGGAAGUAUCUCCAACUCGUCGCGGGUCUCAGCGGCUUCAUGCUCAUCCCGUUCAUAUUCAUUGUGCAGGAGUCUCCACGCUGGCUGUUGUCCACCCACCGCGAGAAGCAGGCCCGCGCAGCCAUCCUCAAGAUUCUGCGCAUCAAUGGACGCGCGGUGCCCAACAUGGAGACCACCAUGCGAGAGCUGGUGGAGAAAUCCGAGGCCGACGCCCAACUCGCUUCCACGAGUCCUGUUGAGAUCUUCAGGCACAGGCGGCUGCUGCGUAACACCCUCUGCCUCUUCAUCUUAUGGUUCUGCGACAAUCUGCUGCUGUUCACCACAACGCUGUCAUCGGUUGACCUGGGUGGCAGCCGGUUCAUCAACUUUGCCCUUUCGGCGGCAGGCGAGAUUCCUGGAGGCCUGGUGAGCCUGCCUAUAGUGCGCUACUGUCGCCGCAAGAGGUCACAGGCGGCGCUGCUGCUCCUAGCCGGUCUUGCCGCCAUACUUAUUUCUCUACUGCCACUCGAAAACCUGUGGCUACGUCUAGGCCUAAACAUGACGUCUCGCUUUCUACUCGUCAUUUCGGGCGCAAUCAAGUGGGUCUACACCAUGGAGCUGUUCCCCACAGCGACGAGAAGCUUUGGCUUCGCAGCCUGUUUCACUAUGGGACGCAUUGGAGGAAUCGUGGCUCCCUUUAUGAGAGACCUGGGAAUCCAUGUGCACACCAUUGCACCGACCAUCGUGCUCAGCGGUGCCGGGCUGUGUGGAGCCACUGCCACCUGUUUCCUUCCAGAAACUCUGGGAAAGCCACUACCAGACACCUUCGACGAGGCCAAUGACCUUGGCCUGAAGACGAAACGGAAGUCGCGCCUUGGUGGAGAUGCUGUCUCUGGUGAUGCGGCGCCUCCUCGGUAAACGACUAGCAUCUGAAGACACCAGUACAACAAAAGUGCACAGCCAAUGUCAAAAAAAGCUUUGACUACUCUGCCGUUGCCGGCAAUGGCUGACUGUCUGUUGAAGCAACUGCAGCUAUUUGAAAUGCCCCACUUCACAUUAUUGCAGUGAUAUAGACAAAGGAAACAAAGAUAAAUAAACAAAAAAGCAACAUAAUUACUAUCCUUAUAA